AUGACUUCCUUUUCACAGUACUUGGAAACCUUUAUGGCACCAACCUCUAUUACCUUACCAUUUUUAACUUUUCUCAUUAUUUAUGCCCACCUUGCAAUAACUUUUCUCAUUAUUUCUGACAACCCUGUGCAGGAUGUUCUAAAUACAGUGACUGGAUUGAAGGAAGAUGUCAACAAGCUCAUGCAUGUUGUUGGGUUCUUAGCAAAUGCUUGGUGCAGCCAAAACACCAUAAGUUCUCAUACAGCCACACCAGAGAAACCAAUUUCAGUAGGAACUGAAUAUGUUAUCACCCCAAAGUACUCUCUCCGAACUGCAGCUACUGAAGAAAUCCUUCACAAAUUCUUGAAGACCAACCCAACAAAUGAGAAAGCUAAACCCACAGAUGUAAGUGGACUGGUGAAGAAGCUGUUCUCUCCAUCUGAGUUUCAAACCAUACACCCUGUUCCACUAGGCACCAAGACAGCUACCCCUUCCUUUAAGCCAAAUGACAUGGAUCCCACCAAGACAGCAACUCCUUCAUCAAAACCAAAUGACAACACUCCUUUGUGCACUCCAGUCCCUCCAAUUGAUCCAUUAUAUAUUCCCUCUUGGCUGCUUAGCUUGUUUGGACCUGCUGUGACAGAGUCCCUAAGCUACAUGGAGGCUGCUGUGGCUUGCUAUAUCUUUAAGAGGUGUACUGCUGGAAGUGCAGACAGCAAGGAGACAAUCAUCAAACCAAUCCUGAAUAAUGUUGAUGGUACUCGCCGCAUUAUGCAAUUCCUGAAGCCCAAAAAGAGUGUUGACCAAGAAAUCAUAAACUUGACUGCCUGCAUGUUGACAUACACUGAAAGAGCCUUCAACAAGAAUCAAACCACUUGGUUCUUGCCUACUUACUUCUCACAAUACAUCCUUGGUUGGACAACCCAUCCCCGAAGCAUGACUAUCCAUCAGCAAAGAAGCUUCAUGGGAAAGAUAGAAGUCUUGACAAAAGUGUUUGUGCCGAUGAAUGACAACAACGAGCACUGGUACUUGAUUGUGUUUGACUUUGAGAAUCAAGAAGUAGUCCUAUUAGACUCGUUCCCUCAAUCUGAUAGGCUACAGUAUAGGAUAACAGAUGCAAAGCUAGUUGCACUCUACAUGGAGGUCAUGCUCAGGGACAGCACAUUCUACCAGCUUGAAACAACUCCAAGGCCAUGUUGCUCCCAGUUUAGGGUUGUCAUACCCCAGGGAUUACCAGCGCAGAGAGCUAAUUCAAAUGAUUGUGGCAUUUGGGUCGCAUCUUGGAUGAAGGACAGUAGAAGAUGUGGUUACAAUCUUCAGUUUUCUUACUUUUCUGAAACUUUAACAAUUGUUAACAAUGGGACUCGUUUGACACUGGCAUUGCAGCUUGCUCUCCACCCGUUCAACGAAAUGCAGGAUGUGUUGAUAAGGAAGUCCUUUGACAAUUAUGGGACCCUGGUGAAGUCCAUGUUCACUAGGAAGAAUUGA